AUGAAAAAUAUUAGGUACAAUUCAUUGAAGAGGCUCUUUUCUCAAUUGAAUAGUGGUAAUAUACUGAAUAAAAAUAAAAAUAGAGUCAAAGAUGAUAAUGAAGAAUUGAAAAAUACUAUCAAAUAUUUGAUUCAGAAUGCUAAUACAAAUGAUUCUAUAAAAUUUCCAUAUAAAAAUAACAGUAACAUAAAGAAAGAGCAAAUUAAGCAUAUAGAGACAAUAUCAAAUGUACUCAAUAGAUCCUUGCCGGAAGUGGAUGUGAAGAAGAAAAAUGUAGAACAGCAUUAUCAGGUACUGUUUUCUCAAUUAAAAAAUAUUGUCGAAAAAUCAAUUUCAAAUACAAAUUCAAAUACAAUAAGUAAUGAAGAUAAAACAUCAACAUUGUAUAAUGAAUUGAUGCUAUUAAAAUAUAAUAAUAGAACCCCUGCUAAUAGAGUAAAUACUCUCAUUAAGAUACUAUUACACAAGGAUUUUAAGGAAUAUCCAAAGGUUUGGAAUAACAUAACGUUCUUUGACAAUAGAUUAGAUAGAGUUAACAUAUCGUUAUUAUUGUUUUAUAAAACCCAUAACCAACAAAUAUAUGAUGCCUAUUUUGAUGAUUGGUUGGAAAAUUACAAUUCGUUAUCCAUUCCAAUAAAAAGAAUAAUGUGGAGAUGCAUGUCAGUGCCAAAAGAUAAUCAUAAUGUCAUUAAGUUGUUAGAUAUAUUAACCAUGGAGAAAAGCCAAGUCAUCAAACCACUGGAUAUUAUGGUGAUAUUUCAAUCUUUAUACAAACAAAAUCAUGCAUUGGUGGAUGACAGCACUAUUCGUACAUAUUGUACCGAGCCGUUAACAACUAAUCAAAUGUUGUUCAUACAGGUUUUAAAAACAUUAUCAAAGUAUUCUCAUCAGAAUGAUGGUGAUAUCUCAUUGGAUUUAUAUAUCCCAAAAGCUAAAGAUUGGAUAACGAGCAUCGUUAAAUUAAGUGUGGAAAAUAAAUUAUGUGCAGAAAUUAAUGAUGUAUCUGAAAUCCCAAUGCAUAACACUAAGUCUCUGAGCAACAACUCCCAAGGCAUAUCUUUUUAUAAAUUUAAAUUCAUCAGGGCACUAGACAUUAAUAUCCAAGAGAUACGUUUAUUUUGUAAUCCUAAAAGGGAUGAAUACAAAUAUGCACAAUUAUUGAAUGAACUUGAUGCAAUUACUGAAAGUUUGCUUCAAGAAGAAAAGGAAAUAAAAUCGCUUAUGUCAAUUAAAUUUAUAUAA